CCUCCAAGCCUCAACCGAUAUUUAAUCCGCCCAUAGAGGCGCCCCCUCUCUCAACAACGUGAGCCCGUCGACUGACUGACGUGUCUUUGUCCACAUACUUGCACAGCCCACGUGCUCAAACUCAUCGCGAGCGGGUGCAUCAGCGCGACGCGAAGCCUUGCAACAGGCGGUGUCCCUCGUCAGCUGGGCGACCUGGACAACUCUACUCUGGGUGACAGCCGCCCGUUUCCGCGGCGUGCAGGAAAUGUGGGAAGGAAAAGCAAAGUAAGGGAUUUUCCCCCCAAGACGCCAAGUUAAAAUCAAUAGCACCCCCCUGCUUGUGUGCGGCACAGCGGUUGGCGGCCUAACAAGAUACAGCUCCCAAUACCCAUAUGACAUGGCCCCUUUGCCCGGCUUGUGCCUACGUGCCGCUACGCCAAGUAGAUGCUUGACUGAAAUUGGGGGAAGCUCUCCAGUUCUAGCCGGCUCCGCCACCGUUGUCCACGCAGCGCGCCGAGGCCGAUGGACCCCAUGAGAAGAGAGGAGAGAGAGCUUCAUGCUUAAUGCUGUAGCUUAAAGGGACAUCAUAUCUCUUUGGCUUCUCGCUGUGAUCUUUCCUCACAGCCACCCUCUCUAUCUCUCUCUCUAUCUCUCUUGCAGGUAUAACCCCAUCAAAUUCAAAGUCCAUUCAUCCGUCCGGCUGUCCGUCAUGCCUAGCGUCACGACCUUGUCGCAAUAUGCCAUCUCCAACAUCGGCCCGCUGACGACCGUGUUCACGGCACCACCUGCGUGCGCCACUAAGAGCAAGGACUUCCUUCUGGGCAUCAAAUAUCCCGAUAGCGACCCGCACCCCGAGCCUAGGUGGGCGCAGAGCUGCAGCCCCGGCUCUCUCGGCGAGUGCUACCCCUCUGGCAAAGCCUUGGAUGACGCCUGGGCGACCCUAGAGAGCGAGAACGGCUUCACCGACGCCGGCAAAAUGGCGUACUUUUCCCCGGCCAGCCAAUGUCCCGAGGGUCAUGUCACGGUAGGCGUGGCCGCCAAGAACGACGCUGGCCAGAUCAGCUCCUCCGGCGUCUUUGUCCCGCCCGUCACGGAUUGGCCCGGAUCAUUUCUCCCUGUCAACCCUCAUCUCAACGUCUUCAUGGAGGCGCUCGACAACGGCGAGACGGCGGUUCUAUGUUGUCCUGAGGGUUACGAGUCGUCGCCCGGUAGCGGCGGAUGCUAUUCCGAAGUGCCGCUCAGCUCGUACGGAGAACUGACGGUAUGUGAGGGUGGGGGGAGGGGCCGUGAAGCCUUCACCUGGGUGAAUGCGACCUUCUCAUACAACAACACCAUCCAUACGGGGGAGGUCAUCUCUUACACCGCCACAAGCGUCCCAAAACAAACGUACACUACGUCGACGCUCGAGGAUAUGGGGACAAACGCUAGGACCGUGGCUUGGGUGGUGGGAGACGAGGUUACUAUGGUUAAUAGGCCGGCCGACGCAGCUACUGGCGACGGUAGCGGUGCCGCGGGUCCGACUGAGACGGCGCCGAGCGCGGCUCAAGGGUGGAGAAUGACGACUUCCGGCGGUGGCGUGGGCGUUCUGGCCACCGCGUGGGCGUUGGCGGCGCUGGUGGGGGUGACGCUUAUCGUGCCUUGGUAGUUUGGGUGAUGGCUUGAGUGAGAUGCUGGAACGGAUGGGGUGGGCGUUGGAACUACUUGCUGGAGAUAAAGCACGCGAAGCCGUAUUCGGACAACAACAUUUAAUCCCCCACAAGAGAAUGAUGAUGAUUAGCAUUUACCCCUAUAUCAUGCCAUGGUGCUAC